AACUGGAGUUAUUUGUGGACAUACUUGUUGUCAGCCUAAAGAAUGCCAUGAACAUUGGAAGGCUAGAAAGCGUUUUUCUUGCAAAGUUUGUGACUUCAGGAAAAGGCUCAGAAGCUUCUACUUUAUAA